CACGUUCCUCGAGACGAAGAAGUCACCUCUCCCGGGACCACGAAGCGCACCCGCGGAGACGAUGUGCCCGUGUUGAGUGUGUGACGCCCUUGUUUACUCGGUGACCAAGUUUUUUUUUUUUUUUUUUUUUUUUUUUUUUUCUUUCGGUUAAGAUAACAAGGGGCCGAAAAAAAAUUAGAUCGCGAUCACGGAAGAUGCGAAUCUUGUUGAUUGCCACAAUAGUGGCAGUGCUCUCCACACACCAUGCGCAAGCAUCGAGUGAGAAGAGCAAAAGAGCGAUAGCGAGCAAUGGAGGUUAUAUUUAUGAGCCACCGAAAACUUUACCACCGCGAACAACAUUGAAAACAACUAUACCACCGGUAACUCUACCGACAAAAACUACAAAAUAUCAAACACAUGAUGGAAGAGUUACAUAUCCACCAGGAACAAUACGUACACCAAGUUAUACAACUCAAACAAGGCCAACUAUAUCACCAUCAACAAUUCAAACAAAGCCACCAAUAGAGAUUUCAACAGGAUAUAAUUAUCCAAGACCUAAUAAUGAAUUUACGCUGCCAUCUCAAACUCAACCGUUUUAUGACAGAUCAAGUGGGCCAUUUACAACAGCAAGAACACCGGCGCCAUCACCAUUUUUCCCAUCAGAAAAGCCAACAUAUCCUUAUUUUUCACAAAGACCAACAGUUCCAUCAUUCAAACCAAAUGAUUAUGACUUUUAUCCACAAACGAAAGUAACACCACCAUCUAAAACGCCAGGUUAUGAUUAUCCAGUACCAUCAUCACCUUUUCCAUCACAGUCACCGAAAACUUCAACUCCCGUACCACCUUUCUCCCCAAGACCUCCCUCAACACCCAACACACCAAGUCAUGAUUAUCCAACACCACCAUCACCUUUUCCACCGUCACAGUCACCGAAAACUUCAACUCCCGGACCACCUUGCUCCCCAAGACCUCCCUCAACACCCAACACACCAAGUCAUGAUUAUCCAACACCACCAUCACCUUUUCCACCGUCACAGUCACCGAAAACUUCAACUCCCGGACCACCUUGCUCCCCAAGACCUCCCUCAACACCCAACACACCAAGUCAUGAUUAUCCAACACCACCAUCACCUUUUCCACCGUCACAGUCACCGAAAACUUCAACUCCCGGACCACCUUGCUCCCCAAGACCUCCCUCAACACCCAACACACCAAGUCAUGAUUAUCCAACACCACCAUCACCUUUUCCACCGUCACAGUCACCGAAAACUUCAACUCCCGGACCACCUUGCUCCCCAAGACCUCCCUCAACACCCAACACACCAAGUCAUGAUUAUCCAACACCACCAUCACCUUUUCCACCGUCACAGUCACCGAAAACUUCAACUCCCGGACCACCUUGCUCCCCAAGACCUCCCUCAACACCCAACACACCAAGUCAUGAUUAUCCAACACCACCAUCACCUUUUCCACCGUCACAGUCACCGAAAACUUCAACUCCCGGACCACCUUGCUCCCCAAGACCUCCCUCAACACCCAACACACCAAGUCAUGAUUAUCCAACACCACCAUCACCUUUUCCACCGUCACAGUCACCGAAAACUUCAACUCCCGUACCACCUUUCUCCCCAAGACCUCCCUCAACACCCAAAACACCAAGUUAUGAUUAUCCAACACCACCAUCACCUUUUCCACCGUCACAGUCACCGAAAACUUCAACUCCCGUACCACCUUUCUCCCCAAGACCUCCCUCAACACCCAAAACACCAGGUUAUGAUUAUCCAGCACCAUCACCUUUUCCACCGUCAUCGAAAACUUCCGUACCACCUUUCUCCCCAAGACCUCCCUCAACACCCAAAACACCAGGUUAUGAUUAUCCAGGACUCCCAUCCCCUUAUCAACCACCGCAAUCUCCAGCUCCCGCACCACCUUUCCCCCCAAGACCUCCCGCACCGCCUAAAACAGGUUAUGAUUAUCCAGGACUCCCAUCCCCUUAUCAACCACCGCAAUCUCCAGCUCCCGCACCACCUUUCCCCCCAAGACCUCCCGCACCGCCUAAAACAGGUUAUGAUUAUCCAGCACCAUCACCUUUUCCACCGUCAUCGAAAACUUCCGUACCACCUUUCUCCCCAAGACCUCCCUCAACACCCAAAACACCAGGUUAUGAUUAUCCAGCACCAUCAUUACCUUUUCCACCACCACAACCUCCAACUCCCGCACCAUUUUUCCCACCAAAGCCUUCUUCACCAUCCAAAACAGGUUAUGACUAUCCAGGACUACCAUCACCUUAUCAACCACCACAAUCUCCAGCUCCCGCACCACCUUUCCCCCCAAGACCUCCCUCACCACCUAAAACAGGUUAUGAUUAUCCAGGACUCCCAUCACCUUAUCAACCACAACAACCAUCAAAACCUCCAAUUCCCGCACCACCUUUUCCCCCAAGACCGACCUCACCAUCAAAAACACCAGGUUAUGACUAUCCAGGACUACCAUCACCUUAUCAACCACCACAAUCUCCAGCUCCCCUACCUCCUUCACCACCAACGAGUCGUCCACCACCACCACCACCACCUUAUGUACCUCCUUCACCCCCAACGAGUCGUCCACCACUACCACCUCAUCUACCUCCUUCACCACCAACGAGUCGACCACCACCACCACCACCACCUUAUCUACCUCCUCCACCACCACCAACUCGUCCACCACCACCACCACCUUAUCUACCUCCUCCACCACCACCAACUCGUCCACCACCACCACCACCUUAUCUACCUCCUCCACCACCACCAACUCGUCCACCACCACCACCACCUUAUCUACCUCCUCCACCACCACCAACUCGUCCACCACCACCACCACCUUAUCUACCUCCUCCACCACCACCAACUCGUCCACCACCACCACCACCUUAUCUACCUCCUUCACCAAGUCGUCCACCAUCAUCGCAACCUCCAAUAACACGACCGCCCCCAACUGAACCAACAUAUUUACCUCCUUCACCAUCAACAAGUCGUCCACCAUCAUCGCAACCUCCAAUAACACGACCGCCCCCAACUGAACCAACAUAUUUACCUCCUUCACCACCUGUAACACGUCCACCUGCGCCUCCAUCUUCACCUGUUACACGUCCAUCUUCACCUUCAUUUCCACCUGUUACACGUCCAACAUCUCCCUCCUCCUAUGUACCUCCGAUAAAUACAAAGCCAUCGACCCAAGGCAAUACGUAUUUGCCUCCUGAUACUACUCAAAGAACUACUACUCCAAGAAUUCCAAUAACCACUCCAAUUUCAACUACGUAUACAUCUACACCUACUUUCUAUCCAAGUACGCGACCUCCGCCAUAUCUUCCACCUUCCACAUCUCGCGUCACAGUGAAAGUAUCGUCAUGGACUCCACCCUCCGUAAUGUACACCAGUGUGCCAACAUCGACGAUCUACAUUCCAUUGCCAACUGGCAAACCCGCUUCGCCACCUACUAUACCACCAACCACGAAGAGGCCCAUUGGCUACUUCUAUCCCGUGCCGGAGAAUCCGUUAGAGUUGCCGCCGUUCGAUGACGAGAGGCAAUUUAGUUGAACUGAUAAUUUCAUACUACUAUAUUUCUUUUUUUUUUAAUUUUUAUAUGUAUAGUAUACAAAGCUAUUUAUGGAUCCGCAUAGGAGAUGAUACUGUAAUCGACAAUGGAAAAGAAACGAAAACGAUAGAGUGGACUGGAUCCUCAGUUGCUCGUAUCGUAUAUGCGUGUAAUCGUAACGUAAGAUAACGUAACAAUUCGAUCCAACUUGCGAGAAUAUAAUUUUCCAUUGAUCGACUAUUGAGAAAUUAUCGAUGAUGACCUCCCGUCACGUUUGUAAAUUUUGUACAAUCUAACACACGCAUACAAUAGAAGAAAUAAAAAUUUGUAUAAAGAGUA